UCAGUUUCCUCUCUUACAGUGUUUGGUGUUCGUGAGCCAGCACAUCAUUACAAACAGGCCCAUAAUCUACCGAUUGAAUGGGGUGAGUUCUUUAAAAGCAUGGUUCGACCACUAUACCUUUAUGUUGAUUUUCGACGUGUCUUUAUUAGUCGACUCCUAUUUCAACUUGGUAUCGCUACUGUGCAGCAGUUUCUUCAGUACUGGAUUCAAGACUGUGUCGAAACACAGCUACCAUCCACCACUGCAGUGUCAUAUGGAUUGAUCCCAAACUUGGUCAUUGCACCCAUUGCAGCCAUGAUGAUUCCAAAACAUCGCCGUAAAAUUGUGGUUUACAUUUCAGCAAUAUUCAUGAUAGCUGCGUGUAUACUAAUCAUGACAACCAGGAAGUUUGAAUGGGUGUUGGCCGUAUCAGCAGUUUUCGGAUGUGGAUUUGGUCCAUUUAUUAGCGUCGAGUUUGCCAUGCUUAUGGAUGUGCUGCCCAAUGCUGCCGACGCUGCGAGGGAUAUGAGUUUGUGGCACAUGGCCAUGGUUCUACCUCAGAUCAUUGCUACACCUAUUGCUGGAUGGUUACUAGAUAUCACUCAGGCUUAUGGAAAUAGUCAAGGAAUGACUUGCUUUGGGUAUAAGAUCAUUUAUGCAUUAUGCAUAUUUUACUUUUUAAUGGGUGUUUUUAUGACAUGGAGAAUUAAAGGGAUCAAAUAAUAAUUGGUACCUACGUUG